AUGCGACGGAUAUCAUCACCAUCGCCGGUCUCGCGCGCGAGCUCACAAGUCGUCAUUCCGGCGGUCAUUCUGCCGUCGCACACUCCACCGCCACACGUACGAGCGCAGGGCUCGCGGACAUGGUCGGCCGCCUCGCUCUCGACCAAUAACUCGGCACCGCUUCCACGGGCCUCACACGUCUUUGGCAUCCUCAUCGCACUCGCGGCUGUCGCGAUCUCGGUGGCCGUCACCGCCACGCUACUCUUUGGCGUCCUCCCGCUCUCGUCGGCCUCGCCCACUUCGACUUCGUCAUUUGUCCGCCACCACGCGCUCUAUUUUCUCGUCCAAGUGCCGCUCUUGCUCUUUGUCAUCCAUGGGUAUAUGGUUGUUACGUACUCUUUUGUCUUUGAAGGUCUCUACAUCGAGCCCCUCCCGCUCCUCUUCCGCUUCUGCUCAACCUCGCUUCCGGCCGGCGUCCUCGCCCUCGUCACUACCGCGUCGCUCUUCGGCUUGCAGCCAGGACUUUUCAUUGGUGUCAUUGCUGUUAUUGUCACCAUCCAGCGAUUCCUGGUCCAGUACACCUCGCUGUACACCCUCCGCGCCGCUCUCCUCACCCAGAACUUUGUCCGGCUCGGUGGACGCUACCUCGAUCUACAGUGGAUACUCCUGCUCCUCCCGCUCAUCGCUCUUGUGUGCACCACCUACGUCUUUACUGCUGAUGUCAUCUUCCUGCCACUGUGGCAGUCGCUGGCUGUCUUCUUCUUCUUCUUUGUCCUCGUCGCCGCACACAUGUUCCGCGUCGUCGUCAUGCGCCCUCUCCAAGCCCGGCCCUUCAUACUCUUUCCGCUCGCCAUCCAGUCCGACGCCACUGCAGACGUCGGCUUUGCCUUUCUCCUGCCCUUUGCCACCUCGUGGGCACCCAUUGCCACCCUUGUUGUCCUCCGCAUCUCCUACAUAACCCUUCUUAUCUUCUUUGCCUUUACCUCCCGGGGCGCCAGCUGCCGCAUGUGGAUCCUGCAAACCCGUCGCGACCGCUCCGCCGCCGUCCACCUCUACCGCUCACCCGACGCCAUGCUUGCCUUUCGCCAGCGCGUCGCCCACUACCUCAUCUUCACUGUCCUCUCCUGGGUCAUCUCCUCGGGCUCGUUUGCGCUCAUCGCCUUUGCGCUCCGCAACUCGGCCAACUUUCCUUUCGCCUACCUCCCGCGCCCCCAUCUCCACUCCUCGCUCGCCAUCGCCGCCACCCUCACUGCCAUUGCCGCUCUCGUCCUUGUUACGUUCCUCUCCGCACUUCCGCACCGCAUUCUCGCAGACGUCGCCAACUCGCUUCGUCUCGGCUGGUACCUUGCUGCGCUCUCCUACCUCGUCUCCACCAUCCUCAUCCUUGUCCUCCUUCAGGCCCACUCGAAGCUCUGGUUCACCUUGCACGCCUCCAAUCCCGGCGUUCUCGACCCCCUGGCCUCCUCGCCACUCAUCCCGGGCCUCUAGCAUCAGCAGGCACACUAGCCUUUACAUCGUAAACGGA